GGGAACUCGGACUCCAAACUGGCUUUUGCUGGCUUAUACCGCUGAUGACUGGGCAGGAUAAGUGAGGUAGCAAUGACGAUGGGAAUCUGGAUUGUGAUCCUUGCUUUGAGAGUUGAAGAGCCCUGGAAAAGAAGCCAAAGUCGAGAUAAACCCAACAUGAUUCCAAUUCCAUUCCUGGUCUCGGCGACUUUUCCCAACCCCUCACGCCCAGACUUCACAUGCGUCCAACAUCACCAUCAUGCCACAUCAAUGGAGAUUCCCGUCAGAGGCACUUCGCCCGAUGCCCCGACUCUGCAAAGGGCAUAGAGCCGCCUCUUUAGCGCCCGUAGAAUGCCGCGCCUGAGUUUCGAGAUACAGGGCCCAGCGACGAUCAUUCCUCGCUCAGCCUUUGUCCGCUUGAAGCGCCGUGGCCGAGUGAUAACAGAAAGAGAACGAAAAAAAAAACACGGACCGGGGGCGCGAAGAUGGGGAAGGGUUAUCGCUGAUUAGAGAUGCUAGACGAACACACACGGAGUCACACGACACAUAGUGACACCUCCAUAUCCCCCCAGACAACGAAAAGACACACCGAGCAAUCCUUCGCCGUCCCCGCACGAAGACAGCUCGGUCGAGGUUCUGGGGACACGAGGAGAGCAAGUGACGUCGGAGGCGGGCCGGCCAGGGGUGAGUCGAGAUUGUCAAGGGGGCAUGAUCUGACGCUUGACAGCGGGUAUCGGAGGCGACGGGUUGAGGACCACGAUAUAUUCCAGGAGAUUGAGACGGAUCGCGGGAUGGGACGAGUAGUCGGAGAAUCAGCAUCUGCCAUGGAAGAUCGUAAUAUCGGCCGCCACAUCGCGCGCAGGCGAGACCAGGCAAGGGUCUGGUUUGGGCCUGUUGUCUGGUUAUCCGGUUGUCUGGUUGUCUGCCCGGUUGUCUGGUUAUCGGUCUUGUUCGUUGUCUGGUUGGCAUCCCGAUCAGAAAUUCAACCCCGUAAGGAUGCAAAUCAGUUAUCCACAGCAUCGCCAACAGCCAGCCAUUCACUCAACACCCAUCAUCCCCGAGAUCCAUAUCCCGCCCCGGAGCCCCAUCCCCAUAAGGAAAAUAAAAACACCGCGAAAGAAAGAAAGAAGGAAAGAAGCCUUCGGACAGGGAUUGAGAGUUUUCUUGUCGGUUUUGGUUCAAUGGCGAAGGACGGGCUCUCCCCGCCCAUCUGUUAACAGCACCUCCCUGUAUCCCGUAUUCCUAGAGAAAUUCAUGUCGAUCAAACACUGGCACUCUCACACACAGCACCACAUCGCACAUUACAGGCCCAGGCCCAGCGGGCACAAGACAGAUUUGACUUUCUGUCAGCAGCGCUGGAGAACGAGAUUACCGCUUGGGCCACGAGAGUCAUGAUACAUCCCAUUUUCGCAACCCCCCAUCCCGAUUCUGUCCCAUCACUCAACAGCGUGGGCACCGGGGCUUGAACUAGCCAUUUGUGUAAUUGCUUCCACUCGCCGCCGAAUCCGGUGACGCGGAGCGAACGACUUCGCCGGUCUGACAGCUCUAUUUUUUUCUUCUUGUUGCGCGUCUUUGGGGGGCGUCUGCUGGAAAAUGGCCCCAUGCCCCAUCGGCCAUCUCAUGUG